CAAAGCCACCUCGGCCUCGUCCCUCCCCAGGACGCCGACAUGGAUGAUGACCACUCCACACCCUACAUGCGUUCCGCACCCUACCCGAAUCCCGAUCGACUCAAUUCUCAAGAAGACCAGAUGGUCGCUGAUCCUCUUUCGACCGACAUAAUCAACCUGUGGACUGAUACUUCGAGACAGCAUAGGGAGAUCUUCACAGAGGUGUUCAGACCAGUUCCAAGUAAUUUGGUGAGGGACUGGGCGCGGUAUGAU